UUCCCUCCUCACACCAGGAGCCCAGAUACAAAUAGAGACUCAGUCUGUAGUGUCUCAGUCAGUCAGUUAGGACUUUAAUCAGGAUAAUUCAGAGGAGCUGCUCCAACUCUGAAGACUAUAGUUUUGGGACAUGUAAUAAAGAGAACAUUUCAUUGUAGUAGUUCAACUACAGUAAGCUGUCCUAGCAUUGAUUGACAGUGUUCUAUCUAGACUGUAACUCCGUCUAGAGGAGGUGUCUGCUGAAGAACUUAGCGAAGUGAAAGGGACGUUCAUCCUGAGAGCUACAUUUAUGUGGAUGUACUUUUUCUGUGAUUGCAACUUCAGGAAGGUAUUUUAAACUCUUAGGUCUUUUUGACACUUUCUGUUGAUUCAGUCUACGACUCGAGGUGAUCUUUGCCUGUCCCUGUUCAGGCAUGACGGAUCAGGAGAGGAGUGAGGAGAAGAGUGAGUGUGUAUCCCUGUCUCCGAUGAGGGAGGCUGUCCCUGCCCCACCUGAGUGUGAGAGGGUGUGUGUGUUUGGGACAGGGGACCUGGGGCUCUCUCUGGGCCUGCGUCUGCUGCAGGCGGGGUACAGGGUGGUGUUCGGCAGCCGACGGCCCCGCAGCAGCCUCCUACUCCAUGGAGCACAGGUCCUGGGCCAUGCUGCAGCUGCCCAGUCAGCCCUUCUGAUCUUCAUCGCUGUCCAGAGAGAACACUAUGACUUCCUGGUACCACUGGCCAAUCAGCUAAAGGGGAAGGUGUUGGUGGAUGUCAGUAACAACUUGAGGAAGAAUCAGUACCCAGAGGCCAACGCAGAAUACCUGCAAAGUCUGGUCCCUGGAGCUGAGGUGGUUAAAGGCUUCAACACCCUGUCUGCCUGGAGCCUGCAGAAUGGACCUAUAGAUGCCAACAGACAGGUGUAUAUCUGCGGAGACAGUGUGGAGGCCAAGCAGGUGGUGAUGGCGGUAGCCACCAAGCUGGGACUCAGUGCCCUGGACCAGGGAUCUCUCUCAGUGGCCCGGGAGCUGGAGGACUUCCCCCUGCAGCUGUUCCCCCAGUGGAGGCUCCCCCUGCGCAUCGCCAUCGGCCUCAGCGCUGCCUUCUUCUUCUACCUGCUAAUCAGAGACAUCAUGUAUGCAUACGUCACCCAGGGUGAAGACAUCUCCUUCAGAAUCAUGGUCUCACUGGCCAACCAGGUGUGUCCCAUCGUGUCUCUGAUCAUGCUGUCUCUCUGUUACCUGCCUGGUGUCCUGGCUUCCUUCUUGCAGCUUUACAGAGGCACCAAGUACAGGCGCUUCCCUAAUUGGCUGGAUAGCUGGAUGCUGUGCAGGAAACAGCUGGGUCUACUGUCGCUGGGGUUCGCCUUUCUGCACGUGCUCUAUACACUGAUCUUACCCAUACGGUACUAUCUGAUGUUCUGGGUCACUGAACAUACUGUCUCUCUGAUCAGAGAGAACAGGACCACAACGUUUGAUACCACAACGGCCUGGCGUGGUGACUCCUACUUGUCCCUGGGAAUUCUGGGAUUUGGCCUGUACGUCCUAUUGGGAAUCACAUCUCUUCCCUCCAUCAGUAACGUUCUUAGCUGGAGGGAGUUCAGCUUCAUACAGUCCAAGUUGGGUCACCUGACUCUGCUGUUGUGUACGGCUCACACCUACCUGUAUGGCUGGAACCGAUUCCUGAGUUCCUCCAUCUACAAGUGGUACACCCCACCAGGCUACAUGCUGUGUCUGGUGCUUCCCUCUGUGGUGCUGCUGCUCAAGCUGCUGCUCAUCACCCCCUGUGUGGACCGAACCAUCACCCGCAUACGCCAGGGAUGGGAGAGGGGGGCAGAUCAGAGGAACCCUAAAGACAGCCAACCACUGAUACCUUAGAGGACACACACACAAAAUAACACCCUCAGUGUGAUAGCCUUGUCUUUGAGGCAUGAACUCAUUUUUGUUCUGGCUAUUUCACCCUCAGAGGUUGGCUACCAUUCAAUCGUUUGCCAUGUUUCCGGGAUCAAAAACUAAUAUAAUCUAAUUGAUAUGCAGUUGUAUUUCUUUUUGUAUUACACUCUAAAAAUUGUUGCAUUUUAAUGGAUAUUUUUUCAACCGCACGAAGACACUAGUUCUCUUAUGUAAAUAGAAUGGUGUAAGCUCUUUCGCUCUCAUAUUCUCUUACUGUAUAUCCUCUCUUUGACUGACUGUAUAGUUAUCCCCAGAUGAAACAGAUCCUCUCUUUGACUGACUGUAUAGUUAUCCCCAGAUGAAACAGAUCCUCUCUUUGACUGACUGUAUAGUUAUCCCCAGAUGAAACAGGUUUGAGACGUAUCCAAGUUUUUGAAUUUAUAUUUUGUGUCUGUCUGCUACUUCUCCAGGGGCAAAUCAAACACAAAUACUCAGUGUGAUGCUCUCUAGGGCAGAGUGUUGUCAAUUCCUCCAGAAAACAGACUGCGUCGAGUUCAUCACCGUGCACUUUCACCACCCUGUGAAGUUCGUCAUAACUUAUUUAAUCUGUAGACAAACUGCAUGCUUUCCCAUGUGUGGGAGGAGCACACACACACACACACACACUGUCAUUGUGUGACUCCAUGUUUACUUCGACAUAAUAAACAUAUCAAUAUUUGCGCAUAAAGGCGUUUCUACCGUCAUUUCUUGCAUAAUUUGAGACUCAAAAAAAGAUCCCACCUUGUCUAGCGUGUUGUCAUAUUUGGAAGGUUUAAUUACAAAUGUGCUGUUGUCAUCAGGCCUGUCAUGACAUUUUUUUCCUGACAGUUCACGCGCAUAAAAAGGUUGGAUGGAAACCUGGUUCAUGAGGAAACUAAAACUGCACAGGUGAAUAAU